AUGUACUCGCUCUCCUACCUAUCCCUCCUCCCAUUGCUCCUGCCUUUGGUAGCCGCACACGGCCAUGUCACGGGAAUCGUCGUAGAUGGAAAAUGGUACACAGGUUGGAAUGCCGAGAUGAAGUACCAAAAUCCAAUUCCCCCGACCGCGGGAUGGCAAGCCGACAACCUGGACAACGGAUUCAUCACUCCUAGUGACUUUGCCGCGGCGAACAUCAUCUGCCACAAGGAUGCAAAGAACGGUAACGCAUACAUUACGGCCAAGGCCGGGAGCAAAGUAACGUUUCAGUGGAACACUUGGCCAGUUAGCCACAAGGGCCCAGUGUUCGACUACAUAGCCCCAUGCAACGGUGAAUGCACCACAGUCGACAAAACCAGCCUUCAAUUUACCAAGUUCGUCCAAGGCGCAUGGAUAUCCGGCAAUAAUCCCGGAUCCUGGGUGACGGACGACCUCGUCAAGUCGAACAACUCAUGGACCACCACGAUUCCCUCGGGCAUCGCUCCAGGGAAUUAUGUCAUUCGUCACGAGAUCAUCGCGCUGCAUGCUGCGGGACAGACGAAUGGCGCGCAGGCAUAUCCGCAGUGUGUGAACUUCAAGAUUGAAGGGAGUGGGACGCAGACGUUGAGUGGGGGCGCGAAGGCAACGACGUUUUAUAAGGCUAGUGACCCGGGUAUCAAGUUUGAUUUGUAUAGUAAGUUCACGGGGUAUACCAUCCCGGGACCGGCACUCCAGACACUGAAGAAAAGAGAUGAAAGGGAGCAUGCGAGAGAAUGGGUGGAGUAA